AUGUUUGAACGCGGACGACCUCCUCCAUUUAUUCACACGCUACAUCUUGGAAACAAGAUCAGAACGCCUCUUCUGAAUUGCAUCCGUGUUCUGAGUGGCUUGAAAGAUUCACUCCUUAGAGAUAUCUCUGUCAUCCACAACGAUGCUUCCAAUGAAAUCAUCACAUUGCUCGCAGGAUACAAGGACUAUGAUGAGGAUGACUUGUUAGCCGCUUUACAAGCAUAUGUUCUAUAUACCAUCCUGUUGUUAUUUUCCGACGGCAAUUGCGACCGGCCGCAUCGUAUCGAGCAAGGUAUAAUUUUCGGACUUCAAGACAUCAGCUUGCAACUAGCAGCCUCUGGCGUCGUUCUCAAUGCCGAAUUAAACUCGGAAAUCCCAGAUUGGAGCGAGUGGGUAGUUGUCGCCGCGAAACGGCGCAGUAUCUUGGCCGCUCAUCAAGUCUUGUGGAUCUGGUCACUUUUACGUGGAUAUCCCCCUUUUGGUUGCCGUGAACUCGGUUUCAUGCCUAGCCCAGCACCAAAGGUUCUCUGGGAUUCACAAGGUGAUGAUUGGCAGUGUCUUUAUCAGAACUGGGCAUCUCGGUGGCCAGGCGGACCACACCGCCUGGAGGAGUUACAAAUCCUUGGACCAGAGGUGGACAUUGACCCACGAACACAGACAUGGUUGGAAGAGGCCGACGAAUUCGGAUUGCUAUUGAUGUCUGAAGUAAAUUCUAUCCACUAA